AGGGUCAUGCGGUUUGCGAGGUGUGGUUUAGGGCGGUGCUCCAAACCUUCUGCAAUCACCACGUCCUCGUACUCCCAAGGCAGCUGCUAGAAGGUUCCCAGAGGCAACCGGACUGGUUGUUUACAACACUCGACGACAACAACGCCACAGCCACGCUCUACCGCCGUCGCAAUCGGUUGUUCCUGGAGCUCAACCACUCGCCGCUGAUUCCAUCAUCACAUGUCGUGGUAGCUUACUGGGACAACACCACAGCCCUGACCACCACGAGCGAGGCCGCAUAGACAGCCGUGUAACACGAGUCGCGAGCGACCUGUAUAUUGAACGACUCGUUCCUGCAUCCUCGGUAUCUGAGAGGUCAAGUCUUCACACCACUCUAGACUCACCUUGCGCGACAAGCGCAUCCACUCAGCACCACUCAUAUUCGACCACAACAUGAACUAUACACGCUUUCAAUAACAAUGGCAGACGAAAAAGGUCACUCGAGCCUGCCGUUUCUCGGCGCCAGCCGAAAGAACAACUACGGCUUCAAGCAGGCCGACUUCGACUAUACACAGCUCCCUGACUGGGACACCAACUUUCUACCCGAGGAAGAUGUCGCGGCUUUCGCGCAGGCCCUGAGCCCCCCCGAUCUUGCCCACCUCGCCUCCCCAGACGACGACUCCUCAAUCCGUAGCCCCCGCAGUCCCAGUCUACCGACAGCUUCGAGCUUUGACGGGGUCACCAGGCGAGCAACCUCGGUCGCCUCGGUCGACUUUGGCCAACAAUCCCCAUCGACAGAGAACCACCCCGCCACCCGCCGGGACAGCAAUGCCGACAGCUUGUUCAUCACAGCCCAGAACGACUGGGCGCCUGUCAAUCAGAAGGUGCCGCGGCGGCGCAAACGUAGACGGGCGGGGAUCGGCGGGCGGACGGUGGACGAGACACGCGAGGGCUACCUCUACGGCCUGCUGAAGUGGCCGUUCCUGCUGGUUGUGGGCAUGUGGAUUAUUGGCCUGGCUCUGUCCUACCUGUGGACCCGGUUCUAUAUCUUCUCGUACGAGUACUUUGUGGCGUGGCGCGGCACGCGCGAGCGGCUGCGGCGCAACAUGCGCUCCGCGAGUAGCUACCGCGAAUGGGUGGGCGCCGCGAAGGAGCUCGACACGUACCUCGGCAAUCAGCGCUGGAAGGAGGAGAAUGCGUUUGCAUACUACGACUCCAAGACGGUGAAGCGCGUGUGGGAGCAGCUCCGCAAGCACCGGCGUGCAGCUGAGCAGCGGGAGGGAGAGCUCAUGAACGGUGCGGGCAGGGCAGGCGGCAAGGACCGCAACGGGACGGCGGGUAAUGACGCUCGCGCGAGUAACAAGGCCACAUACGAUCUCAAAGCCCUGGUCGAGGCUUGUGUCAAGAACAAUUUUGUUGGCGUGGAGAAUCCCAGGUUGUACAGCCAAACAUACUACGGGACAAAGAAUCUAGUGCAGAACUUUGUCGACGAAGUCGAGAAAGACACCCGCUUUCUGGUCAACACGACACAGCUUUCAAUGGAUGAGAAGAAGUCACUCUUCAAACGGAUGCAUGCCAACUUUGGGCGGACAGCGCUCUGUCUCUCCGGCGGUGCGGGUUUUGCAUACUACCACUUUGGUGUUGUCAAGGCUUUGCUCGAAGCCGAUCAAAUCCCUGAUGUCAUUACAGGAACGAGUGGUGGUGCACUUGUCGCUGCGCUAGUCGCCACCAGGACCAACGAAGAACUCGAGCAACUGCUGAUCCCAGCUUUGGCUUACAAGAUUACAGCUUGUAGAGAGCCCAUCUCGACCUGGCUACCGCGCUGGUGGCGGACCGGCGCCAGGUUCGACUCGGUUGACUGGGCACGCCAGAUGGGCUGGUGGUCGCGCGGCUCAACGACAUUCCGAGAAGCAUACGAGCGGACUGGGCGCAUUCUGAAUGUGUCAUGUGUUCCGGCCGAUCCUCAUUCUCCUACGAUACUCUGCAACUACCUCACAAGCCCAGACUGCGUCAUCUGGUCUGCAGUCCUGGCAUCGGCUGCGGUCCCGGGGAUUCAGAACCCUGUCGUCUUGAUGAUGAAGAACGGAGAUGGCUCUUUAUCUCCUUAUUCGUUUGGACACAAAUGGAAGGACGGCAGCUUGAGGACGGACAUCCCAAUCAAGGCACUCAACCUUCACUUCAAUGUCAACUUCACAAUCGUCAGCCAGGUCAACCCUCACAUCUCGCUGUUCUUCUUCUCCUCGCGUGGCACUGUCGGAUCACCUGUUACGCACAGAAAAGGACGUGGCUGGCGAGGCGGCUACCUUGGUUCUGCCACAGAGCAGUACAUCAAGCUCGACCUGACAAAGUGGCUGAAGGUUCUCAAGCACCUCGAGCUUCUCCCCCGGCCGCUCGGCCAGGACUGGUCGCAGCUCUGGCUGCAGCAAUUUGGCGGCACCAUUACAAUCUGGCCCAAGUCCGUGCCCAGCGAUUUUCUCAACCUCUUGUCGGAUCCCGACUCUGCCCGGCUGGCGCGCAUGAUCCACGAAGGCCAACAGAGCGCCUUCCCGAAACUCAAGUUCAUUGCGAACCGGCUCAAGGUUGAGCGACUGAUCGAGGAAGGACGCCGGGAGACCCGCGGCAGCGUGCGUCGGGGCAGCAUCGAGACCAUCAUGAGCGAGGAGGACAUUAGGAGUCUGCUUCGGGGCAGCACGACGACGGACGAGGAGUCCGCCACGGAUCCGGAGGAGCUUGACGAGGAGGUCAUCAUUGAAGAUGAUCUCGAUCUGGAGAACGUGAUUGAUCCGCUACCUUCGCCGAUCUCGCCGACUGACGGUGUCCCGCCAUCGUUGGCCGACAGGGAAAAGGACGGCGCGCUCGAGGAUGGCGGUGUGGAGAGGAUGAAGACGGUACUUGACGAGGAUGAGGAUGUGAUGGCUCUCAAGACCGAAAAGGUCCUUGAAUAGAGACUCCUCUGGUGUCCAUUGAUUAAGGGCACCCGGACAUUCUUCUGGAAGCUUUUCUGUCAAGCGGCGUGCGUGAGGCGGGCAGAUAUACGAACAAGGAGUCUUUCCAGCAUAAGCCUUUGCCUUGCCUGCGAGAUCGUUCUGGGUUUCAGGGCGUUUGUGCUUAGCGAAGUAGCGAUACAUUUCAAGUAACAAUUACAAAUGUUUCUUUCUCGACAAAAA